AUGCCUUCCUCCAUCAUCGUCACAGCUGUGGAGAAGGUACCAGGUGAACUGACAGAUAAAAUGACUCAGGAAUUCCAGCGGAGAGAACAUGUCCUACUCCCCACCUGCGGCGGGUCCGCUGACCCCCCGGUGAAGGAGACAGAGGAGGAGGAGGAGGAUUUGGACUUUGACAUUUUGAAGCCGUUUCCCGGAGGAAUUCACAGGAACCGUGAAAGACUUGAGAAGGUGCCAGAACUGACCAGUGAGAGAAGGAUGUGCUGGCGGUGCUGUGAGCCCAUCAGUGCGCUCAGAGCACGCGACGGGACAGGACGGGACAGAGCGGUGCUGUGCGGAGCCCCCGUGCAGCCAACUCUCGACCUUGCCGAACCGGAGCCUUUUCUGAGGAUUUUUUCUCUUGCGAGUGCCCUUGAGGCCAGACAGCGGGACUUGGAGACCCGGAGGUUUUCUCAGGGGUCUCCCGUCCCUUUGUCGGGUGCCCUUGAGGCCAGACAGCGGGACUUGGAGACCCGGAGGUUUUCUGAAGGGUCUCCAGUCCCUUUGUCGGGUGCCCUCAAGGGCAGACUGAGGGGCCUGGUGACCCGGAGGUUUUCCCAGGGGUCUCCCGUCCCUUUGUCGGGUGCCCUCAAGGGCAGACUGAGGGACCUGGUGACCCAGAGGUUUUCCAAGGGGUCUCCAGUCCCUGUGGAAGGUGCCCUCGAGGCCAUUCUUCUUGAGUUUUUCACCAGGACUUUUCCCAGGUGUCUCUCUUGCAAGAUCCCUGACGGCACAACCUUGGGAUGGCAGGGAGAUGCCUCAGCCUGCUCAGGCUCUUCCAGGAGGAAGAAGAAGGCAGGCCCUGGAGCUGCCCCAGAACGGCAGCCGGAGGAAGUGGAGCAGUUGCAAGCCCUGCAGGAGGAUGCAGGCCGGGAGCGGACAGAAGAGCAGCACCGUGCCCGUGGCCGCUUCCGCAGGGCAGCACAGGUACCUGCAGCCAUGCCCACCUGGGCUGGGCCUGCUGUCACUGCUCAGCCCAGCAGCGCUGCUGGAGCACGCCAGGGCACAUCCCUCUCUUCCCUGCCCUUCCUUCUCCUGCAGACGCUGCUGAAAUUCUUCAGCGUUCGGCGGAGGAGGACCCAGACCACACCAACGGAGGUGAUGGCACAGCCUGACGCCAGCCCCACCCAGCUCAAGGCCAAGCCCGGUGUCGGCACCGCGCCGGCCGAUGGCCCAGCAAACCGGGACACCGCGCCGACCCAGGACACCACCGACCCUGACACCGCGCUGCCUGAGCUGACGGCCACGGCUGAUGCCGCAACCACUGAGGGCACGGCCAACACGGACACCACGCCCGCUCAGGGCCCGGCCGAUGCUCCCAGCCUGCCCUUUGCUGCCGAGAGAGUCGCCCCUGCUGAAGUGCCGGCCUUUGUCAGGAACCUGCACCAGACCCUCACAGCCAAUGUGCUGCCAGACGAUGGACUGCUCAGUGACCUUUGGAGGGUGACGGAUGAACACCCCGCUGAUGUUGCGCUCACCCUCCUGCACUGGGCCCCAUCGUGUGACAGAGCUGCAGCAGUCAUGUGGAGGGCCAUCACCUCGUCAGGAAGGAUGACGGAGAAGGUGCUGCCAGUGCUGCUCAGGGUGAUGGAGGAGUGGCCACUCUACUGCACGUUCACCUCUGAUGGGGACCACAAGCACAUCUAUGGCCUGGCUGCAACCAGGGUGGUUUGGGAGAUUUUCCAGAGGCUCCAGUGCCCAGAGCCAUUGAAGGAGAAUUCCCCACGCCUCCUGGUGGCUCUGCUCUUCAACGUUUUCAUCAGCACAGAGCCCAUGCCAGAGAAGGUCGACACCUUCUGGAGGCAAUGCUGGCAGGAACAUGGGCUUUGCUCUGCACACAGGUUUGCAGUGCACGUCAUCAAGGCCUUGCUCUUCCGUCUGGAGUGCGAGGAGGUGGUGAUGGCCAUGGAUCGCAAGGCUGCCUGGGACACGCUCUUCCACAUGGACACCCACCACUAUGCCGUGGGUCUGCUGGCCAGGGAGAUGCGCCGUGUCUCCAGCCCCUUGUGUCGCCACAUGGGCUGCUACCUCCUCCAGCUGCUCAGCCAAGCAGCAGUGUUGGCACUGCGCUGGGAGCUCCCCGCCAUGGCCUUCUUUGUGGAGGUGAGCCUGAUGGCCGGUGCUGCCUCGCCCGGCUGCCUCCAGCUCUCUGCCCUCUCAUGGCCACAGCUGCCCGGGACGGUUCCUGUGUGCUGGGCUGCUGUCUGGGGCCAGCCCUGUGCACGUCUGGGCUCUUGCCGGCCGGGCGCCCUGUCACUGCUGCGUGCCUUUCAGGUCCUGGACUGCUUGGACAUGAGGGAAUGUGGCGACAGAGUGCUGUGCAUCCUUGCCAGGCCCCUGCAGAGCAAGUGCCCAGAGAGGCAUCGCCUGGCACUCAGGAUGCUCCUGGUGCUCAGAAAGGAUCCAUCAAUGGCUGACAGCACGCUGAGCCUCACACCAAGCCUGGUGCAGCUCCUGGGGGAUGCAGAUGGAGAGCUGGUGCAGAUGAUCCUGGCUGUGCUCUGGGAUCACUUGCGGGAGCCAGACAUCCAGCUCUCCAGACCCACUGCCCUGAAGCUGGCUGAGGCGCUCCAGCCACUCCUCGGCAACGACAUCAGCCAAGUGCAGCUGCUCUCCAUUCACGUCUUCACCAAGGUGAUGGAGUUGGCAGUCAACAGCGCAAGAAAGACCCUGAAGCGCUCCGUGGUGCAGAGCCUGCUCCCCCUCUUCUUGCACUGCCACGAUGACAACCAGCACGUGGCAAAGGUCUCUCUUGAUGCACUGCUUUGUGCGGCCAGGUUCCUGAAUUGGAGCGAUCUGGAGAACCUGGUGAGGACAGAGACCCUUUGCAGAUUCGGCGAGUGCCUGCUGCAGAAGGACAAGAGGAGAGCGGCCAAGUACCUGCGCCAGGCUCUGCCGUACCUGCAGAGCCCACAGGAGCCCGUGCGAGAGGCGGCCCUCGGCUUCAUGGGCAUUGCCGGCAGGUACCUGAGGGGACAGCACAAAGAGCUGCUGCUCGUCAUCCAGGCCCUGGAAGACAUGACAGAUGAGAGCCCUGCCAUCUCCAGCCUGGCACUUCAAACCUCAGAGAUCUUCAGAGGCCUACAGAGAGCUCCAUCCUCUAGAUUCUGGCAGCUCUGA